AUGUCAUUCAACUUGAGCCGUCCAGUCGCCAAGAAAGAGGCAAUCGAAGGCGGCGUCGUUAAAGCAUGGAGAGAUCUUAAAUGGAAGCUACAACCUGAGGCGGUCAACAUGCGCAAGGUCAUGAUGCUUGCGAUGGAGCAGGUUGUGGAAGGUAGCAGAGAUCCCAAGGUCAACGAACAUGAUAUACUUGAGCAGCAAGGCUGGCUCUCUGAUCUAUUCGACCCGGAUACGUACGAGAAACUAUUUGCAGAUGAACACUGGGGCAAUUUCAUAAUCGUUCGUUCGACCGGCGUCAAGGACUUUGAAUAUAUGCCAAUCUAUGCACGCGUCGGGAUGCAUUUGCUAUUCUACGGGCCGCUCCAGCUCCGUCUCCUCGGAUUAGGUGUCGUUCGAAACCUGUUGAAGGCACAAACUGUUAAGCAGGGCAAAGUGUAUGAUGAAGAAGGACCAGAAGUUGUCAAGCGGGUAGAAGACUUUGUCAAGACGUACAAAAUUAACAUGAAGGAGGCACUUCUUUCAAAGCCUAGCGAAUACAAGACCUUCAACCAAUUCUUUAGUCGCAAGCUCAAGCCUGGUCUACGGCCAGUCGCAUCACCAAAGGACGCAUCUGUCAUAGUUUCGGCUGCAGACUGUCGCCUUAGCGUGUUCCCUAAUUUCCAGGCAGCAAGGCAGUUCUGGGUCAAAGGCAAAAAGUUUACCUUGCCUGAGCUCUUAGGCUCAGCAGAGCUGGCACAACGCUUUGGCGCAAAUCCCUCAUUGGCCAUUUUCCGUCUUGCACCGCAGGAUUAUCACCGCUUCCACUCUCCGGUCAAUGCCACGAUUGAAUCGAUCAAAACUUUACCAGGAGAAUACUAUACUGUCAAUCCUCAAGCCGUCAAUCAGAACCUCGAUGUCUUUACGGGCAACAGACGUGACGUGUGCAUCUUGAAUGCCGUCGUGUCGAACACGACACCACCCAAGACGGUUCCUGUGGCAUUUGUGGCGAUUGGUGCGUUGCUGGUCGGCGCUGUUGGAUGGUCGUUCAAAGUCGGGGAUUCGAUUCAACGAGGAGACGACCUCGGGUGGUUCCAAUACGGAGGAAGCACCGUAGUCUGCGUGUUUGCCGAAGAGGCCAAAGUGACUUGGGACGACGACCUCAUCAAGGCCAGCACUGGCGAAUGGAAGGGUAAGGAAGUUCCCGAAGUCAUGAGCAAGAUACCUGAAAAGGCGAGAAUUGCCGCCGAGAAGCAAAACCAGUCCUUUGGGGUCGAAGUACUUGUCCGUGUGGGAGAGAAGAUCGGAAUCGCAGCUCUCACAACCACAUGA